GUGAUACUCGUGUAAACUAAAACGGAAUUGAAGAAUUAAUAGCAAGGCCUUAUUAACACAGAUUGGAGAGUGACUUCAUUUCUAUUCUAGUUGUGUUUGUAACGAAAUGUGUGUAUGUGUAACGUAAACAUGUGGAAGUGUUAAAUGAAAUUUGUCACACAGAAGUGAUGCUUUUUAAGUUAAACAAGUCUGUGUUAAGGGAAAAAGACAGUUUAAGAGCAGUGUCGGCCUAAUGGUAUCAUCGUGCAACUGUUAUCUCUGAGGUCACCCAUUCGAACCCCGGCUGUACACAAGGACAUUCUGUGCGCAUAUACGCUCGUACGGCACAGAAAAACAUCCGGAGGAAACCGAAUAAAAAGAAGCUAGCAAUGUCCAAGCUAACUCUGGACGGCUUUUUUUCGUACUGCAAACAAAUAGCAGAACACAUCCAGUUGGGCGACAGAAUGGCAUCUCUAUCCGGUAUGGGCACACCAAAACUCACUUCAGGCGUAGGCAACCUGUAUUAUGACUCGAUCCUUCCGUAUCGCGAAGACGCAAGUCCACAAACACGAGAGUUCUUAGCGCGAGUAGUGGACGUGCUUCUCGAUUACAUACAGCAAGUUAAUGACAGGAAUGAAAAGAUCCUGGAAUUCAAAAUGCCGGAGGAGAUGCAAAAGAUGGUGGAUCUGCAACUGCCUGAAAAUCCACUGCCUCUCAAGCAACUCCUGGAAGACUGCAAGAUCACCCUCAAGCACCAAGUCAAAACUGGACACCCCCACUUCUUCAAUCAGCUGUCAUGUGGCCUGGACAUUAUCUCCCUCGCUGGAGAGUGGCUGACGGCCGCCGCCAAUACCAACAUGUUCACUUACGAGAUUGCACCGAUUUUCAUUCUUAUGGAGAACGUGGUCCUCGAGAAAAUGAGGAACAUGAUCGGCUGGAAGUCCGGCGACUCUAUUCUAGCUCCAGGUGGCUCCGUAUCCAACCUGUACGCGUUUUUAGCAGCCCGUCACCACAAGUUUCCUCAAUACAAGGAAAAGGGACUGUCCAGCAUACCCGGACAACUAGUCAUGUUUACUAGCGACCAGUGCCACUACUCAGUCAAGUCCUGUGCGUCUGUUGGCGGUUUAGGCACGGACUACUGCAUCUGCGUUCCGUCCGACGAACACGGCCGCAUGAUAGCGUCUGAACUUGAAAGACUUGUGAGAAAACAUCGUGAUCAAGGACAUGUGCCAUUCUUCGUGAACGCGACUUCCGGCACCACAGUGCUUGGAGCCUUCGACCCCCUCACAGACAUCGCCGACAUCUGCCAGAAAUACGACAUGUGGAUGCACGUUGAUGCGGCCUGGGGUGGUGGUCUUCUCUUCUCCAAAAAGUAUCGGCAUCCACGACUCACUGGCAUCGAAAGAGCCGACUCCGUGACAUGGAAUCCUCACAAGCUGAUGGGAACACUCUUACAAUGCUCUACCGUGCAUUUCAAGUAUGAGGGUAUCCUGCUAAGCUGCAAUGCAAUGUCCGCUGAGUACCUGUUCAUGACGGACAAGAUCUACGAUCCGCGAUUCGACACCGGCGAUAAAGUUAUUCAGUGUGGACGCCACAACGACAUCUUCAAGCUGUGGCUACAGUGGAGAGGAAAGGGAACAUCCGGUUUCGAGCGGCUAAUGGACCGUCUGAUGGAGUUAUCAGAGUACAUGGUUCGGAGGAUCAGGGAGCAGAGUGACAAGUUCCAUCUCAUUUUGGAACCGGAAAUGGUCAACGUUAGCUUCUGGUACCUGCCAAAGCAGCUGAGAGGUAUCCCUCAUGACCAAAAUAAGGAGAUUAAACUUGGAAAGGUAUGCGCCAAGCUGAAGGGGCGUAUGAUGCAAGCUGGCACCAUCAUGGUGGGAUAUCAACCAGACGAUCGCCGUCCCAACUUCUUCAGGAACAUCAUCUCUUCCGCGGCAGUCACAGAGAAGGACGUCGACUUUCUUCUCUCUGAAAUGGAUCGCCUCGGUCACGAUAUAAUCGUGGACUAAAUUUAACCCAAAUGUGUAUGAAUCGGUUCUUUGGCCUUUUAGUUUUUAUUACUAUUUCUAAAACUCGGGUCUUUAGCGUAAAAAAAAUGUAAUUAUAUCUUUUUAUGAUUGUUAAUACGUUUAUAUUUUAUCUUUGGUCAGUGAUAAGUAACAUUUUAGAAACAACAUAUAGGAAACAAUGAGAUUAUUUUACUAAGUCUGUGAUUUAAUUUUAAUAAGUUACUAAUGUCGUUUCAAGAAAUCUGUUGCAAGUUAAAAACAUGGUUACUAAAGUUUAUUUAGCUGUAAAAAUGUAAUUAUAUGCUGUUUGAAUUAUUAUUAAUGUUCCAAAGAUCUAGGUGUGAAAUAUAUAAUAGUAGUUGUAGAUUUCUCAAUGCAACGAUUGCUUUGAUGUCUUCCAUUUAAAAGAAUUUGAAUGUAUGAAAUUGUACCGUCUAUUAAAUGUUUAUCUAUACUGUUGUAUUGACAAUGAAAUUAUAUCUAGAAAUUUUAAAUAAUAUGAAUUAAUGUUUAAUAUGUAUACUUACUUAAAUAAAUACUUAGCAAUUUAAAAAUAAAUUGGUCAUUCCUGAAAUAUUACGAUCCGUAGCUUAACACGUAGGCUGUACCGAACAUACGUAGCACAACGGCCGCGCUACGAAGCUACUAAUGCCAUCUAGUUGGAUUUACUGGAACUUUUUGGAUCAAAAUUAUAAAGAUAAAAAAACGCGGAGACGAAGUUAAGAUAAUGGUGGAUAAAUUUAAUCAUAUUACUUGGGUUAGUUAGUAAGGGUAUGGAAGGAAGAAAGGACUGCAAGGUAUGUGUGUUUUUCUGUUUCAUUGUUCUGGUGAACUGAGUUUUUUUUAAUAAUAGUAAAAAGUAGAUGUGGUAAUCUUAAUCUGAUUAUCUAAUUACUAAUAUAGUAAGCAGAUAUAUGGAACAUAUCUCCCGUUUUGCCAAUUAAGUAUUUGUCAAGUUAAGAAAUCAAAGUAUUUUGUAAAUUAUAUUAGACGAUUUUGUAAACUGUUCUUCAAUUCUAUUCUAUGUAUAUUUUUGUAUACUCUCGUUAAUCUAUUUAGUAAUUGUCGAAGCUUUCAUAAAAAAAAUCUAGUACUUUUCUUUGAAAUAUAUUGUAUUUCUUUUUAAGUUUUAGACUUAAAAUAUUUAACUUUAUUAGCAUAAAAUAAGAGUAAUUUAAGUGUAUAUUAUUGAUGAUGUGACGAUGACAAUAGAAAAUGUAGAAUAGGAAUCUUGGGCUUCCCAUAUUUGUAAUAAAUUUGGAACAAGAUAUGUGGAAGUAAUAUACUGUGUGUCAAAUUAUAAAAUGAUAAUUGUAAAUAUGUAGAAUGCGUUUGUUUCAGAUCAGUUUCUUGUAGAGCCGAAUUUUCGAUUUUAGUUGUUUUGCUAAAAUACAGACAGCUUAAAGAUAGAAUUUACUUUAUUGGGAAUUGUUAUAUUUUAGAAAAAAUGCAUUCAAAAUGCUUCUGCUUGUCCUAAUCUAAAAAAUCUAGGUGUUAAUAAUGAAUACGGUAAUGUUUAGAUUAAGCCACUAUCACUAUGAGCGGCAAAUAUAUUUUCAAUGUCAAUAUAGCAUAAUGUUCCUUGUUCAUAAAUGUCAAAAUUACCUUCGACGCGCUGCUUUGGAUUUAUGGGACAAUAUUUUGACUUUUAACAUAAUUCUUAGAGACAUUUUAAACUCCUUUGUAAUCUGAGAGAUUUGAGCUUUGUCAAAUCCAUUACAUAAAACACUUUAAACAAAUAAUUGUGUAAAAAUAUAAAAUUAUACAAAUGAAUUUCAUCAGCGCGCGUCGUGAGUAAAUUCGGUGAAUAUAUGUUGAGUGUUAAAAUAUUUAGUAUAGAUGCUAUAUACCCAAAUUAUCGAGUUUUUGAUCACUUAUAACAUAAUUAGAGAAAUAUUAUUGUUGCUGAAUGUAAAGCUGUAUAACUCAAUAAAUGGUGUUGUUAGUUCA